AGUAAGCAAACUGUUUGCUGAUCUGUAGCGCAUUUCUGAUAUUACGCAGAUUUAUUUCUCUCUCCAGAGUGGGAGUGUUUUCACGCAGCAGAUCUUUUGUCACUGUGCGACCACCUGCAAUUGCAAUCCGGCAAAAGGCGGUGGCUGUUCAGCUGAGAAAAAAAAAAAAGGAAAAGCUGAUCAUCUGUGCAGAUUUACACCCCCACAGAAACCUCACCGCCGUCCCCUGCCUCACUUGCAAGACUUGCAAUGUCCACCGCCGGGGAAGUACCAGCGUUUUUUAAGAGCAUGGGCUCUGACAGCCCCGCCAGGCCCAGGCAGAAAUUCUGUGGCAUGUUCUGCCCGGUGGAGGGCUCCGCGGACAGCAAGACGCUGGACUUUGACGCUCUCCAGGCGGGCAAGGAGAGGAGUGACGGGCGGGUGAUCGACCGGCAGACCGACAUCUCCCAGCCCAGGAAGGUGGAGAUAAGGGAGAGCACCGGGAAAGAAGCUCUGCAGAACCUGGAUGAUAAAAGGAGUGACCGUCUCCUGAUCAAAGGAGGGAAGAUUGUGAACGAUGACCAGUCCUUCUGUGCUGACAUCUAUAUGGAGGAUGGAGUCAUCAAACAAAUUGGGGAAAACCUCAUCGUGCCCGGGGGGGUGAAAACCAUCGACGCCCACGGCCGCAUGUUGAUGCCGGGCGGCAUCGAUGUGCACACGCGUUUCCAGAUGCCGGAUCGAGGCAUGGUGUCUGCUGAUGACUUCUACCAGGGAACCAAGGCUGCUCUGGCAGGAGGAACUACCAUGAUCAUUGACCACGUGCUUCCUGAGCCCGGCGUCAGCCUCCUCUCGGCCUUCGAGCAGUGGCGCGAAUGGGCCGACAGCAAGUCCUGCUGCGACUACUCGCUGCAUGUCGAUAUCAGCGAGUGGCACAAAGGCAUCCAGGAGGACAUGGAGACGCUCGUGAAGGACCACGGUGUGAACUCUUUUCUGGUGUACCUGGCUUAUAAGGACAUCUUCCAGCUUACUGAUGCUCAGGUGUACGAGGUGUUCAGUGUGAUCCGAGAUCUGGGAGCCAUCGCCCAGGUGCACGCUGAGAAUGGAGACAUUGUAGCUGAGGAGCAGCAGAAGAUCCUUGAGCAGGGGAUCACUGGGCCUGAGGGACACGUGCUGAGCCGCCCUGAGGAGGUGGAGGCGGAGGCUGUGAACCGCUCUGUGACGGUGGCCAAUCAGACCAACUGCCCUCUCUACAUUACCAAGGUGAUGAGCAAGAGUGCUGCUGAUGUCAUCGCCCAGGCCAGGAAGAAGGGCACUGUGGUCUAUGGAGAGCCAAUCACUGCGAGCCUGGGAACAGACGGCUCUCACUACUGGAGCAAGAACUGGGCCAAGGCAGCGGCCUACGUCACCUCCCCUCCCCUGAGCCCCGACCCCACCACUCCAGACUAUCUGAACUCCCUGCUGUCCUGCGGUGACCUGCAGGUGACAGGAAGUGCGCACUGUCCCUUUAACACCGCCCAGCGUGCCGUGGGCAAAGACGACUUCAGCUUGAUCCCUGAAGGGGUCAAUGGUACUGAGGAGAGGAUGUCUAUCAUCUGGGACAAAUGUGUGGUGACGGGUAAGAUGGACGAGAACCAGUUUGUGGCAGUGACCAGCACCAACGCGGCCAAGAUCUUCAACAUGUACCCCCGCAAGGGCCGCAUCGCGGUGGGCUCAGACGCUGACCUGGUGCUGUGGGACCCCGACGUCACGAAGAUCAUCUCUGCCAAGACCCACAACUCGACUGUGGAGUACAACAUCUUUGAGGGCACGGAGGUGCGCGGUGGGCCUCUGGUGGUGAUCAGCCAGGGGAAGAUCGUUUUGGAGGAAGGGAACCUCCACACCAUCGAGGGCUCGGGACGCUUUGUGGCCCGCAAGCCUUUCCCCGACUACGUGUACAAGAGGAUAAAAGCUCGCAGCAGGCUGGCUGAGCUGAGGGGUGUACCCAGAGGACUGUAUGACGGCCCAGUCUGCGAGGUGUCCGUCACACCUAAAACAAUGACUCCUGCCUCCUCCGCCAAGACCUCACCGGCCAAGCAGCCCAACCAGCCCGUCCGUAACCUGCACCAGUCUGGGUUCAGCCUCUCCGGUGCUCAGACUGACGACAACAUUCCUCGCCGGAACACCCAGCGCAUCGUAGCCCCCCCCGGCGGCAGGGCCAAUAUCACCAGCCUGGGUUAGGGUCCGCCCUCGGCCACUCAGGAGGACACAAAGACUGGAGGACGGGUUGGCCAACAGGAGCUGAGGGGGUCGAGAAAAUCACGUAACGACACCGGGAACCAAACCCUUCACAGCACCGGGCCAUCCAUCAGCCUCCAUCUUUCACCUCCUCCUUAACCACCUACCCGCCCUCCUCCUCUUCCUCCUCUUCCUCCUCUUCCUCCUCUUCCUCCUCCUCCUUCCCCAAAACUGGAUCCUAGAGGACACAGUUAGAAACAAAAAGAACAAAAAAAGGUCUGCCUCAUAUGAUGAAAAAAUGAAACACUCCUUAUUUGAGCACUUUUGACUGCAUUGUUUUUGUUUUUUAUACCGUACUUUCUCCCUGCCAUUGUAUUCUUUUAAUGUUUGUAAUGUUGUUGUUUUAUUAAGGGGGGUCAAGUGUGACUGAAUUAAGAGAAGAGGAACAUUAAAUCAUGCGGGAUGUCCAUUGUGUUUCUUUUCAUUUUGGGAGUAGUUUAAAUGGAGCAUUGGUACAAAACUAGAUUUGUUAUUUUCUUUUCUUGCUUUCCUUGAAUAAGUCAAACUGGACGAUUGAAAUUGUCUUUCAGUUUAUUCAGGAGGCAAAAAUCGAGGACUUCUUUCAAAAAUCUGUGAUUUGUACUGUGUUGCAUUUGAAUUGCUUCCGUUUCCAGUGCACAGCCAUCCAUCACACACUACUGCGAUCCAUUUCAAAUUGAUUAUUAGCCAUGACCACGGUCUUAAGGUUUAUUUGGGUUAUAGACUCUGGCUGCACUGGCUCUCAUCUCAUGUUUCCCUUUUGCUAAGCUAUAUAAGUAAAAAACAUAUUCCGUAUUUGGCAGCUGCCUUAGAGCUUGUGAGUGUUAGAAGGAGAAGGAGCUUUGGCAGGUAGUAAAUAGAGCUUUAUGCCUCGUUUUCUUUAAGCGUUAGGCCAUUGUUAAGUGGGAGAAUUGUAGGAAAGAUUUAGGGAGGAACGAGAAAGUUGUACUCGCUGUCACUUCAAACCUUUCCUUGCCUUAUUGUCUCUUAAUGCCGUCCUAUUAGAGAUCUUUUAGAGGUGCGAGAAAGGUGCCAUUCACUGCUACAUAAUCCUCCGGUUUGUCAUAACGGUUUUGAUCGACAGCUGUCAAAUCAGCCGUUAACCGUCCCAUCACCAACCAGUGCAUUUACAUACAGAAUGUUUCUCCUCCUCCAAAUGUGACUGUUUUAUACUCAUCCAAAUCCCUCUUUCUUUUCUACUCUUUAUGUGCCUGAACCCACAGAAGUUGUACUGAUAGUUUGUUUCUUGUUUUGUUAUUCUUAUUAGGUAAGUGAAGGAUGUAAGAUUAAAAAAAUAUAUAUGUAAAAUUGCGAGGAUAAACCGAUUCAAAGGUGCCAGAGUUUGUGCUUUCAAAGGGCCUAUCUUGCCGGUAGAGCCCCUGAAAAGACGAAAAAUGCUCGAUAUCUUGAAAUGUUUUAGAGUUUUUAACUUGUUGUCAAACUGCUUUUUAGUGUCAUUCUGUAACUAGGUGCCUAAGGGCUGAGCACUAUUGAUUUACGCUUGAAAGUAGACAUGAGCUAAUGUACUUUUGUGCAGUGUUAAUGUGUGAGGAAUGGGACACGCACAGCAGGCUCCUGUACAGCACUGCUUACUGUUGUGGACGUGACAUCGCUCUGGCUGUGCAGCACUCAUACGUUCUUUUUUUUGGUUUUCUUUACAUGAUCUGGUUUUCAUUAAGCCAGGCAACUUAUUUCCUGUUUUUGUUCUUGUGUCAACGAGGUCUUAGCCACCCGUCACCGUCUCUCUGCAGCCCCCCCAUCCCCCCAAGAGGGAUCAGGGUCCUCUUUACAGAAUCUUAUCUGAGCUUACAUGUUUCCUAACUACUUAUAGGAAAUAAAAACCCUAUCUGAAAUGUAGUAUUUUACUUUUAACAGAACUAUACUAAGUUAGGAUGGCAUACACCCUGUCCUUCAUUUUAGAUAAACAGCACUGCUAGCUGUCGGCUCUGUAUGCCAAAGAAAACGGGACAGAUCAAACAUGACACACGAAAGGCCACUCAAACCGUGUGAUCACACUUAUUUUUAAACAAAACUAACCAAAAUGAUGGGGUUUCAUAUCCUAAUCGAAAUAAGACUAUUGCCUCUGAGUUUGAACCCCUGUCUUUUUCCCCCUCCAUGGUUACACGCUGGCUAGCUCUCACUAGCAAUUAGCUUGCUUGCUAGCUAGCGCUCACUGCUAGCUAGCCGAUGACAGUGCUUCGAUAUUAUUCUGUAAUGAGGCCCCAGUUUCUUCAACUCUGUAGACCACUUACACAGACUUAAUGUAGUCAACAGAGUGGUUAAGACCUACUUGUCGCUAUAGCAGCACAUAAGAGCUAGCGUUAGCGCUACUGGCCCCUGACUCACAAACACGCAUACUGUAGGUUAGAUACACACCACUGCUCUGUCUGUGCUUUCAACCCCCACUUUUUCAGCCUUCCCUCUGAUCUAACUGAAAGCCUAUAGAAGGCAAAGUGUGUCAGUGUUAUGCAUGGCGUGUAUGUAUUUAAAGAAUCCACAGCAGGGGGAAUGAAAGCAUUCAAAGAUGAGUAAGAUAGGAAUGGGAAAUGGAAACUUAAUCUCCACGGCAACUUACUCAUCACACAACAGGGUUUUUGUCAGUCAGGAGAGGGGGAUUUGACCAGUUACUUUUAGUCUAAACUACACUGUAUUUCUCUGCUGCUUUGGGCGGGAAAGUAUGUGGGUGGAGAUUUUGGAGGCGAAGUCCAGCACACAAAUACAAUUUGGCAGCAAGUGUAGCUCUUGAGAGAGUUAUAGCAUGCUGCUUGGGUUUUUUGUAUUUUCCGCGUCACUCCUUCCUUUCAGUUUGUCUUUAUCCGUCUUCCUCCCUCCCUUCCUCCCUCCCUGCUUCCCUCCCUUUUUUGGGCUCUUUUAAUGUGUGUUGUUGCCGGGGCGACCGACCCCUCCACUCCUGCAGGGUCUGCUUUUUUGUUUGUCAUGGCAACGCUUGCCAGAUCGGAGGUUGCCAUUCGCAACCUGGCGCUAUUAGAAACAGCUUUACACACACACACACACACACACACACACACACACACACACACACACACACACACACACACACGUUUUUAUUAUUAUUCUGUGACAGUUCAGCACCAUUUCGACAUAGUCCUGUGCUGAGUUGCUUGGAACCCCCUGCUGCUUAAAAGGGAAUCAGUUAGAGUUGAAAGCACUGCAGACUAUAGACGAAACACAGACUUUGACACACAAACACCCCGCCAAACAUCAGUUACUGUUAUGCAGCACCCAUGCCUGGAGACUUCACAUGAAAACAUCCGUCAACACCGGCAUCCCCUCCCCGUGUCCCAUGCCUCCUCGACGUUCACACACUAAAACACACACUUAUAUUCCUUUUUAAUGCUCUGUCAGCUUGAAUGCUUUUCUAUGCCAUAUUAUGCUAAUGAUAUACGAGUGAUAUGUAUGUACGCAACCUGCUGCAGGCUGAGAGGAGCUUCUUUUGUUGCUGUUGAACACCUUCUUGCCCCCGAACCCUCUCGCCCCCCCUCUGUAAGCCCCCACCCAACCCCACCCCUUGUGAAAGUGAAACUGUGUGAUGGUAUUUGUCUCGGUGGCUGUGGGGUUUCUGGGAUGCUUGAUAAGUAUGGAAAAAGAGUCAAAUCCCAUGGAUGGUGAUGUAAAAAACAAACAAACAAGAAGGUCAACAAACAAUUAAAAAAAUGAGAA